UGCCUAUCCAUCCCCUUCCCCUUCUCUCUUUUCUUCAUUUUCCUCCCAUUCCAAUUUUUUUUUUCACACAGAGGAACACCAGAGCAGCAGCAGAGAGGCGAACCAGAGAGAGAAAAGAGAAGAGUCAGAGAGCUCAAAGCUUUCUUCUUUUUACCCUUCGAGGGUUUUCUUCACCUUUCCUCCCCUUGCCCUUUACAGAGAUUGAUUGAAGUAUUAUUCAAAUAUAUCAUUUCUGGCUUCGACUGCUUUUGCUACUGGAUCCCCUCUCUCUCGCCCCCAUACCCUUUUUCAGGGUUUUCAAGAUCGGGAUUUCGUUGAAGAAGCGAAAUUCUGUUCUCUGUGGUCUGUAGUGUGGAAGAUUUGGUGUACUUGUCAUCAAGAGAGGGAUUGGAUUUUGGAAAUAUGGGUUAUGUGUGUGAUUUUUGUGGUGAGCAGAGGUCGAUGGUAUAUUGUCGCUCAGAUGCGGCUUGCUUGUGUCUAUCAUGUGAUAGAAAUGUUCACGCUGCCAAUGCUCUAUCCAAGCGCCAUUCGAGAACCCUCUUGUGUGAAAGGUGCAGUUCACAACCUGCACUAGUUAGGUGUGCAGAAGAGAAGGUCUCGCUUUGUCAGAACUGCGAUUGGACGGGUCAUGGCACCUCGACAUCAGCUUCGGCACACAAGAGGCAAACUAUCAAUUGUUAUUCUGGUUGCCCUUCAGCUUCCGAGCUUUCUUCGAUAUGGUCUUUCGUUCUGGACUUCCCUUCUGCCAGCGAAUCUACUUAUGAGCAAAACAUGGGAUUAAUGAGCAUAGCUGAAAAUGUUGCCACGGAGACAUGGCCGUCGUCUAAGGAAGAAGCUGAUCGCCAAAAUUUGGAGAGUAUUCUUCAGAUGAGCGAUUCACGUGAGGUUGGUAAAUCAAGUACUUGGGAUGAGUCUCGAUUGAUGUCUGGGUCAACUACCAACCCACACAGACAAGCUCAUCAGCCUGCUGGAUCGGGUAGUUCAACAUUGCCAAAGUUAGGUUAUCCUGGAAGUAAAAGUGCUACAUUCUCUGGAGAUGAUGGUCUUUAUGAUGACUUCAAUAUGGAUGAGAUGGAUUUGAAUCUUGAAAACUAUGAUGAGCUCUUUGGUGUCGGUCUCAACAAUCCAGAGGAAGCUUUUGAGGGUGGUGGAAUUGCUAGUUUGUUCGGAACAAAGGACAUGUCUGGCGCUGAAUCCAACUGCCAGGGUUCUGCUGCAGCUGAGGUGUCAUCAGUUGGACGUGUGAAUGCAAUGCAGCAGCCCACAUGCAGCAAUGCAGCAUCUGCCGAUUCCAUUAUGAGCACUAAAACUGAACCAGUUAUCUGUGUUACGGCAAGGCAAGGUCAUUCGACUCUUUCGUUUUCCGGCAUUACUGGGGAUAGCAGCGCUGCAGCAGAUUAUCAAGAUUGUGGAGCUUCUCCAAUGCUGCUUAUGGGAGAGCCUCCUUGGGGUCCCCCUGGUGCCGAGGGCUCCCCAUCGGCAAACCGGACUAAUGCUGUGAUGCGGUACAAGGAAAAAAAGAAGACACGCCAGUUUGAAAAGAGAGUGAGGUAUGCUUCGCGCAAAGCAAGAGCCGAUGUACGGAAGCGUGUGAAGGGCCGGUUCGUGAAAGCCGGUGGACAUUACGAUUACGAUCCCUUGACGGAAACCAGAAGCUACUGAGAGAGUACAGUUUUUCUAAAACCAAAGUCCCCUUCCAGAGAAGGAAAGAUCAGAUUGUUCUGAUGUGGAGAAAUUCAAUCCUUGUCUUUGCACCAGACACUGGCUGAAUAACUCCACUUUUCCUUGUGCAGUGACAAGAUGUAACUGACUCUAGGGUCUGAAGAGGAAGGGAGACAAAUUAUGGCAAAGGAGAAAAUGGAAAGGGAUUUAUAGUGCUCAGGUCCACGAAAUUGAGGAGUUCCUUUCCAUUCCCAUAACCAUUGGUGGACUGACAAAUUCCUGGAACAAAGGAGAGAGUACCUAGUUUGCAGUGUAUAAAAAUUGAUGAAUGCUCGCAACGACGAUGUUUUGUAUUCUUGGAUUCGCAGGCAGUCGCUUUUUCGUGAGAAAGAGCGGCUGAUCUCGCAGGCUGUAGAAAUUAUCUCUGACUUAAGUCCUCAACUUAAGUUAUAAUUUUGAUGGGACAGGGAGGGAUUAAAUGGUCUUUCUUUAGGUGUGUACAUACUCCAACAGAACCAGGAAAACCAGGCCCUGCUCAACGAGCUCCAGAGCAAGCUCUUUUCCAAGGGACAGAAGAAUAACAAUGAAGAUCAUGGAUCAACUUCUUCCAGCUCCAAACCAGAUGUAGCCAACUCCUCCAAAAACCGUUAAUUCUAUUGUUCGAUAACAGCUUGUCUCUGCCUUGAGGAACAUAUAUAU